CAAAAAUCGGAACUUUCAAACUGUAAUUGAUUACAUUUUAGCCUCAAAUGAUGAUUUAAUCAUUUGUAUGUGCAAAAGAUUCUUGCUUUGAGGAGGAUGCUUCUGAAAAGGCCAUUUCUUUAUUGGGUGGUUGCGGUUUGUUGUUUGGGUUUUUUAAGAUUAUCUGAAUCGCAGGUGCCUCAAGCAGAAGUUGAUGCCCUUCAACAGAUAGCCACUAAAAUGGGUGCAACAAUUUGGGUAUUUAAUGCCGAAUUAUGCGAACUCGAGAGAGUUGGGGUCUCGAUUUCACCUCCAAGUGGCAACGAGGGCUAUGUCGAUUGCAACUGCAAUUUCGAGAAUAACAGCAUUUGCCAUGUCACAAAAAUUGUGAUAAAAAGUUAUAAUCUUCCUGGAAUACUUCCGCCUGAUAUUACGAGGCUACCAUAUCUCGAAUAUAUUGAUUUCGCUUACAAUCUUCUCAGUGGUACAAUACCGGUAGAAUGGGCUUCGACACAGUUACAGUUUNGUUUUGAUUUUAGGAACCUCGAGGCCAAUCGAUUUUCGGGUGCAAUUCCUCCUGAAAUUGGGAGUUUGACGAAUUUAAAAACUCUUCGAAUAAACGACAACAAGUUAAGUGGACGAAUACCCGAGUUUAUUCAGAACUGGACACAGCUUGUGAAAUUAGAAAUGCUCGCAAGUGGACUUGAGGGCCCUAUCCCUUCAAAUAUAUCUCUUCUGAAUAUGUUACAGGACUUGAGAAUUAGUGAGCUUAAAAGGCAGUCUCAAGAUUUUCCUUUGCUAAGGAGCACUACAGGCCUAGUAACAUUGAUAUUGAGAAACUGUAACAUUACUGGAGGAAUCCCUGAGUAUGUAUGGAGGCUGAGAGUUCUGCAGAUGUUGGAUGUCAGUUUCAAUAAGUUAACUGGCCAGAUUCCAGAUCACAUUGCAAGAAAUUUGAAACUUGAGAGACUAGUCUGGAAAGAUUUUAACAUUGAAAACGAGACUCGUGGGGCUCGAAAACCCGUGGUUCGAUAUUUUAAUGUAACUGUGGUAGAUGGUACGUUGGAGAUCAGGUUUUACUGGGCUGGUAAAGGGACUACACGAAUUCCAAACAGGGGAGAUUAUGGUUCACUUGUGUCAGCUAUAUCAGUUAACCCAAAUUUUAAAGUUUGUUCUCAUGGUAACGAGAAAAACUUGACUGCAUACAUAGUAGCUGGAGUUUUGUCGGUAUGUGUUGUUUUCACUAUAUUGGGUGUACUUUGGUGGAAAUUUUUCUUCAGAAACAGAAAAAAACUUGGGAAAGAAUUUGAAGGACUCGAAUUGCAAACAGUUGCUUUUACUCUGAAACAAAUUCGAGCUGCCACGAACAAUUUUGACGAGACAAACAAGAUUGGCGAAGGUGGUUUUGGUCCUGUGUACAAGGGUCUUCUGCCAGAUGGCACUAUAAUAGCCGUAAAACAGCUCUCGUCAAGAUCAAGGCAAGGUAACCGUGAGUUCCUAAACGAGAUUGGGAUGAUUUCUUGUUUGCAACACCCAAAUCUAGUGAAGCUGUACGGAUGUUGUAUCGAGGGAGAUCAAUUGCUAGUAGUGUACGAAUACAUGGAAAACAAUAGCCUCGCAAAUGCUUUGUUUGAUUCUUCUAAAGGAAGCCAUAUGAUGUUAGACUGGCAAACGAGGUUCCGGAUAUGCAUUGGGAUUGCGAAAGGAUUAGCUUUUCUUCACGAGGAAUCGAGACUGAAAAUUGUUCACCGUGACAUUAAAGCUACAAAUGUACUCUUGGAUAAAGACCUUAAUCCUAAGAUAUCGGAUUUCGGAUUGGCUAGGCUUAAUGAAGAUGAGAAGACGCAUAUUAGCACGAAAAUUGCCGGAACAAUUGGAUAUAUGGCUCCUGAAUAUGCACUGUGGGGUUAUUUGACCGACAAAGCAGAUGUUUAUAGCUUUGGAGUUGUGAUUCUUGAAAUCGUCAGUGGCAAAAGCAACAAUAACUACAUGCCGAGUCGAAAUUUUGCUGGUCACUUGCAAGAAAGUAAAAAAAUCGACGAGCUCAUAGACGAGAAGCUGGGCCUUAGCAUCAACCGAGACGAAAUAGAAAGAGUGGUGAAAACGGCACUUUUGUGCACAAACGCGACUCCAUCCGUAAGGCCCAUGAUGUCCGAGGUUGUCCUAAUGCUCGAAGGGAAAAUGGAGGUUCCAAAUGUGGUCCUGGACGGGAGCACGUACACCAACGACGUGAGAUUCAAGGCCAUGAAGGAUUUCAACCAAGAAAACCGAAACCGAAGCCCAACUUGGAGCCAAAAAUCGACACCUGUACGCACGGAUGCAGCUUAUUCUUCUUCGUCGACCUCUGGGUUUAACGAAGUUAGUAGAGAUACAAUAUCUUAUUGAUGAGCUUUUUUAUUUAUAUUUAUAUUUAUUUAUUUUUGCACAUUUUUUUGUAAAUUUUGUAUAGUUAGAGGUACAUAAGGUUUAUUAUCAUCACUUAAAAAUGUGAAGAUGGUAUUUGAAAAGAUGUAUAUUUAGGAAACUUUUGUGAGGGGUUUUUAUAUGUUAAUUGUUAAGCCAUGUUGUUAUUCUCCACUCUGUAUUGAAGGGGAUUAUGUAAUAGCUGGUUUGUGUCAUUGUGUGUUGA